AUGUCGGACAUCUGGGCGGGCAACGCCCACGGCGUCCUCCGCGGCCUCCUCGAGGAGCCGAGCAACGUGCCCGACCAGUUCGUCGUCACCGACGUCAAGGACUUUCUCUUCUUCAACCCGCGCAACCCGGCCAUCAUCGACCUGCCCGCCAUCAACGUCAACCGCGGGCGAGAGCACGGCGUGCCCGCCUACGUCUACUUCCUCGAGUACUGCACCGGCGCCAAGAUUACCGGCUGGGCCGAUCUAAUUCGCUUCAUUCCCGAGGAGCGCAUCAAGGAGCUGCAGUCGGUGUACCGUGACUUCCGCGACAUUGAUCUCUUUGUGGGCGGCCUCUCCGAGGUGAAGGCCUUCGGCUCCAUUCUGGGGCCGACCUUUGGCUGUCUGAACGGCAUCCAGUUUCACCACUGGAAGUUCGGUGACCGCUUCUACUUUGAGCACGGCGGAGAGUCGGGCAGCUUCAGUCUGGAACAACUGAACAACAUCCGCCACACGCUGUCGCUGGCCAAUCUGCUCUGCAAGACGACCGACCUCGAGGCCGUCCAGGUGCAGCCGCUCUUCAAGGCCUCCGAGCACAACCCGAAGAUCCUCUGCUCGACGCUGCCCGAGCUCAACUACGAACUGUGGCGCGAAUAUGGUCCCUACAACAAGAAGAAGUAA